ACCUCAGACCUGAACCAAGUCCAGACUGUCCAGUGCCCACUCCCUCAGCAGGCCCCCAAUAUUUGACACUUGGUUGCUUUUUAGUGACUAGAUCAAUUUUUUGCUCGACGUAUUAAAAAAAGGCUGCGGAACAGUGUCGAAUCGAACUGCGACCUGACUCGGAUUCAAUCUUUCAAUCUCGGACAAGGUCUGAUCAUCAUACGGUAGUCAUAGGUGUCUUGUACUUUCACAGUCUUGCAUAUACACAAGAUGCACAGCGGUUUGGGACCGGUGAAACCUGAUUUCCCCUCGCCUGGGAUGGUCAUCUCAUCCAUCAAAGAGUCUUGCAAGACCGUGACAACAGCCGCGCAUAUCAAGGUCGAAGAUGCCGCUGUCAGACGCCUCCUGGAAUCUCCGUCAUUUCUAUCCUCGUUUCAUCGUAUCUCAGCCUCCCAUGGGCUUGCAUUCCCCCUCAAGUUCCCCUCAGUCUUAUCAGAGCUAAACUUUCUGUCUGUUCUUUCUCUCCUCAAUUUCGCUUCCGGCUAUCGGGUGCCACUUCACGAACAGACGGGACGAGGUGCAUGGGAUAAUAUACGGGCAUUCACAUUCUCUCUUUAUCUGUCCUCUGCGACAGGGCAGGGAGAUUUGCUUUCUGCGAAAGGCAUGAAGACGAUGAGUGAGCAGCAAGUCGCACAACAUAUGGGUGUGUCGAUCCACGUCGAACGACCUCAUGAAAAGAUCGAGGGUGUCACGGUCGGGGAGCUUGGUGGACCAAUAUAUGAGUUGGUGAAACUGAUCAGCUCGACCCUCACCGAGACGGGUCAGAUCCUCGACGCUUCAGGGUAUCCAGAAUUAGGGAGCUUUGUUUUGGAGAGUUUGAAGGAGGGGGCAAAGGCCGAUCCUAAUGCAAGUCUCGGAAUUGUGCUAGAUAGGCUUAUCAGAGCUAUUCCAGCUUUCCGCGAUAUGGCGGUUGUUAACGGGAAACCGGUGUACUGCUUCAAAAAGGCACUUUUUCUGAUCCAUGCAGUGAAGAUUCGUUUUGGUUCUGCGGCUUCGCCACCGUUUCCCAUCCCCAGCACAGCUCAGGCACCCGUGUUCACCGAUAAUGUUUUGCCGUCCCUUUUGGUCCAUUUGGGAGUUUUGGACCUGACUGGCGCAACAUCUCACGGACUUGACAAGUUGUUCCCUGGUGCCGAGAGUGAAGAUAAGAUUAACGCUCUCUUGGCUUUACCUCCUGUGGCUUCACAGGUGGUUGCGGAAGAUACAAAGAAAACGCCCCCAAAGGAUGGUCCUGUACUCACGAAUGAGCAGGCUUAUAUUUUGCGUGCGGCUGCCGUACACGCUUGCGAGAAAAUAGUCGAGUUUGCGAGGGGCGAUGUACAACUAAGUGAAGAGCAAGCAUGGCUGAAAGAUAUUACAUUGCCCGAACUAGAUAUCUGGCUGUGGGCGGUGGCCAAAGACCGACUAGAUUACAGAAAGCUGGAGAGAUUUGUUUUGCGGGGUACAGUAUUCUUUUAGUCGCGUUUAGCAGCAUGACGACCCACUUGGUUACUAUGGCACUUCAUAGGCGUCGAAAUCAGAGCACGCUAAUAAUGGGGGUUCAGGGGGACUUGUGUGUUCGUGGCUGAUUAUCUGAUAAGUCCGUUCGCCAAUUGCAAUCCUUCACCCAGAAUCUUGAGACUCAGAGGCCGCAAGUUGCAACAUCCACAGGUAUAAUCGUAACUUUGCCAUGGCAAU